AGCCUCAGAAGUUCAGCGAUGUUCUGUGCUUCUGAAAGCAACUAAGGUGGGAUGCCCCAGCACAAGUCUUACAACACAUCUUGAGGAUACUAGGAAGGUAUGCUCGUGGGUAGAGUGUCACUGGGACAGUUCAAUACAGUUGUGAAUCUUUCUGCAUAACCUUGUUGUGAAAAGAAUUCUUGACAACUGGCGAGGGCUUCUCUGGUAUGGAAGACUGGUAAGAGGUGCCCUAGUGCGGAGAAGCGACGAGGUCCCUGUGUUGUAAACUGCCGUGAGGUGCCCUUGUGUGGUGGUCUGCCGUGAGGUGCCCUAGUGUGGUGAACUGACGUGAUGUGCCCUUGGUGGUGAACUGACGUGAGGUGCUCUUGUGUGGUGAACUGCCGUGAGGUGCCCUAGUUUGGUGAACUGACGUGAGGUGCCCUUGUGUGGUAAACUGCCGUGAUGUGCCCUAGUGCGGUGAACUGACGUAAGGAGUCCUUGUGUGGUGAACUGACGUGAGGUGCCCUUGUGUGGUGAACUGCCGUGAGGUGCCCUUGUGUGGUGAACUGACCUGAGGUGCCCUUGUGUGGUGAACUGACGUGAGGUGCCCUUGUGUGGUGAAUUGACCUGAGGUGCCCUUGUGUGGUGAACUGCCGUGAGGUGCCCUAGUGUGGUGAACUGACCUGAGGUGCCCUUGUGUGGUGAACUGCCGUGUGGUGAACUAAGGUACCCUUUUUGUCAGAUUUUAUCUGGCAAGUAAAGUGGAUCAGAGGUACCGUCAUAUUGAGAGAUGUUUUUUGUUUUUUGUUUUUAAAAAGUGAGCUACACGAGUGUUGAGACGACUCCUGGAAAGUAAAGUGAGACACCCAACACCAGAUAGCCUGCCGAGCAUCUGACAGCAAUGCAGAUUGAGGAAACCGAUGACGAAGUUGAGCAGAUUCCAGACAACGGUAAUGCCCUGGAAACAACGCUGCGUUAUACACUGGCGAAACCUCCUCCACUUUCAAUCACGAUUACUGCAGCCCUACAGCACAUCUUGAUGUGUAUACCGGCGUCACUGGCAAUACCAUUCAUUGUGGCUGAUGGGAUCUGCGCCGAGUACGACAGUCCGAUAAGAACAACGUUGUUCUCGUCAUCACUGUUCAUGUGUGGUGUCUGCACAAUACUUCAGACCGCAUUGGGCGUUCGACUGCCUAUUCUACAAGGCCCAUCGUCCGUUUUCCUGCCUGUCAUACUUGCAGUUCAAAAGAGCGACAGUUGGAAAUGUGUGGAUAGUGUUCACGUAACCGCACCAAUGUAUGGAAACAACACUACAACAUCACCAAAUAUGUCAUCUGCCACUACCAAUCCAAUCCUUCUGACCCAGGACGAAAAACUUCAACAGCUAUCCGGCAGCAUCAUGGCUGCGUCUCUGGUAGAGAUCCUGAUUGGUGGAACUGGGUUGGUGGGACGUCUCCUCCGUUUUGUUGGACCAAUCACCGUCGCCCCUACCAUUGCGCUCAUUGGCCUCUCUCUGUAUAAAAUACCAAUCCGAUAUUCAAAAUCCUCGUGGGAGCUAUCUCUGACCGGAUCGGUAUUGGUUGUAGUGUUCGCCUUGUAUCUCGGCCAUGUGAAGAUACCGGUACCAACUCGGGCAAACUGUAAGAACAGAGGCAAAAGCAACGGGAAGUUACGAGGAGUGCGUCUGUUUCAGCUGUUACCGGUUCUGAUGAGUAUCCUGGCAGUGUGGGCGAUAUCGGGGAUUCUAACAUACACUAACGUAUUCCCUUCGGAUCCAGAUCAUCCCCGCUUUCGAGCACGGGCAGAUGCUAAAUCAAAACUGAUACAUAUGUCACCCUGGUUCUAUCUUCCGUAUCCAGGUCAAUUUGGACUGCCCUCCUUCAAUUUAGCUCUUUGCAUUGGAUUCAUGGCAACAUUUUUCGCAUCACUGAUUGAAUCGGUUGGUGAUUACUAUGCUGCUGCCAAGGCAUGCUCCUUACAACGCGGUUAA